AUGGUCCGCCUCACCACAACACCUACCAUCCUCUCCGCCCUCGAGGCAAUCCCUCCAUCCACCCGCGAAGAGCUCAAACUCCCACCUCCAGAAGCCCUCACGCCAGGGAAUCCCGUAUCACACGACCAGAUAAUCCGCAUAUCCCGCUAUUUUCGAGAGCAUCGGAACUCUAAAGAAACCGAUGGCGAUGGGCAAAACGAUGACAGCGUCGACCGAAGUCUCGACGCCCUCCUCCGCGGAACGAAGCUAUACAUCCCUCCGCCCCCACCGAAACCGGAACCUAGCCCCGAGUACCUAGCGCUCAAAGCGCGCCUCCUCGCUGCCGCCGAAGCAGACGAAUACACCCGCAUGCUCUCACCACCCACCGUAACAUCCCCAGACCCUUCAUUCAACAGCGCAAACUCCAAACUCGCCGCCCUACACGAUAGCCACAAUGAUCCCUCCGCCGAAGACCCGAACUACACGGACCCGCUUACGCCCUCCCUCGUCCUGAACAUCUUCCUCUCCGUCGUAAUCACGGGCUUCAGUGUGUACUGGGCGCUGACGAGCUUUGCGACGCCGGAGAUGCUGACGGCCAGGAUCUCGGCGAGCUGGUCUUCGGCCUCUGUGCGCGGGAGUACUGGUGGUGGCCUAGGUGCAUCAGAACCAGUCCGUGUCCUGCUUUCGCUGUUUGCGGCGCUGGCGGUUGGUGUCGCGGAGGUGCUGAUCUACGCAAUCUACCUGGGGAAGAUUGAGAGUGCGAGAGGGAAAGAGGGGAAACGGAAGGAGAAGAAGGUUGUUAUUGGGAGUGAGGAGGUAAGAGGUCGCAACAAUGAGCUUCGUGAAGGCACGGAAGUCAAGGUUGAUGGAGAGGAUAAGGAGGUUAUUUGGGGGCGAGGCCCAAAUGGUGGGUUACGGAGGCGAGUACGCGAGAAGUGGGAGGAGACGGCAAAAGACAAGGAAGAGGGUCAGGAUCGCGGUGGAUGA